AUGUCGAGUCUCUAUUUGUGUCCCGAUGAUUUUUGGCGUUGUCCAAUCGAUCUUAAUCAUCAAGUACUUGCAAAACGAUUUCAAUAUCAUAUUCGACGAUGUACAAUUGCGAAUCCUCAUAUUCGUCGUGUUCGUUGUGUUUUUAAUGCAAAUCAUUUAACAACACCAAACGAUUUACUCAGUCAUAUGUCAACAUGUCCUGAUGCAAUCGACAGAAGUACUGUUCUAAUUGGUCUGUCCGAUGAUUCACCAAGUCAACCUUGGAUUGAUAAUUGUCGCCGAUCAUCAGCGCCAACCGAUUGGAAAAUGUUUAAUGAUGUGACUGUUACUGAAGAUUGGGAUGAUGAUAUUCGCGAACGACGAGAAAAAACGGCUGCAGUCAAGGAACAAUCAACUUCGGCUCAAUCGUCGAGUUCACCAUCGCAUACUCCGUAUUUACAUGCGAAACAACAUAAAGAUAUUGAGAAUGAUUCUUGCCAACUUCAACCUGUCGAAGAAACGAGUCAGUUAAUAAUAAAAAAUAGCUUUAACACAGCUCUAUCGGUUAGCAAACAAGCACAUGCUUUCAAAGAACACGCUAAUGAUGGUUUGAUUCAUCCGGUCGAAACAGAUGAAUUAACGAAAAAUCUAAUGAAAAUUCGAACAUUACAACUUAUCGGUGGUGCUGGUCGUGGCACGUGUUGUUUAUUUCGUAAAGGUCCGCCAGUAUUUGGUUCAUCUCUACGCAAAUCACCAUGA